AUGUUUUCCUCUCCUGAUCUUUUGUGGUCCCAUUUACUCUGCUCUUUAUUUCAGAACAAACUUGCAAAGGCUCUCUAUGACAACACCGCAGAGUGUCCAGAUGAGUUGGCUUUCCGAAAAGGGGACAUUGUCAUGGUGAUGGAUCAGAAUGUGGCUGGCACCACUGGAUGGUGGAUGUGUUCUUUGUAUGGACGGCAAGGGCUGGCCCCUGCAAAUCGACUACAGCUCUUAAACCAAUCUGGAACAAAUGUGGCUCCCUUGAGUCAUGGCACUGAACAGCCAAAAUUACUUGACUGCAAAAGUGGGGACAGUCCUCAAAAUAUCUAUCAGAUCCCCAGCGUACCAAGACCGUCAAGUGGCCCAGCAUAUGAACAUAUGGACAGGAUCUAUAAAGUACCAUCUACUCCUCUGUCGGCUUCCAAAAGUCACAUCCCAGCAGCACUUAAGCACAACACUGAGGAGACAGAGGGAAGCAAGCUCUCAAUGUUCAGUGUGCUAUCUAGUCCAAAGGGGGAAGUUUACGAUGUCCCAAACCAAACAAGAAGAACCUUGCUUUUCACUGCACCAAAAACUUCAAGACAGCCAAUUCGAAAAGCCUCACUGGUUCCCAUUUCUGAGCUAGAGAGGAGAUUUGAAUCUCAAGAAGGUUUGAAGUGUAGUAGCCCGAGCGACACUUAUGUUUAUGCAGUACCUCCACCUCUGUCUCAGGACCCGAGCUAUGACAUCCCUGUUCCCUCAGCCACUGAAACCCAACAGAGAAUGGUCAGUGGAUUUAAUACACUCCCAAAUCCACGCAAGCCAGAGUGGAUCUAUGAUGUGCCAGUGUCUCCUGAGAAAGCAAAUCUAGCCCCAGGUUCCUAUGGCACCAUGCCCUCCAAAGCUGUUGGCAGGCAGGUCUAUGAUACUCUCCCAGUGCGUGGCUGGCCAGAGAAUAGCUGCAGUCCAACGUUCUCUCUGUAUGAUAUACCAAAACCACUAGAUGUUCAUAGCCCACCCACAAUACUGCCAAGAGCCCCUGGUUAUGAAAAACUAUCAACACAGAGGUUUUCAGAGGACCAGGUAUAUGCAGUCCCACCCCAGGAGCAUCCAUCCACUGGGGCUCUGAGUGGUCCCCAUAGAGAUCAUAUACCUCUGGAGUGCAGGGGAGACUCAAGCAACACUUAUGAACACACCAGAGCACGUCUGCAACGUAUUCGGAAGGUACUCAUGCCUGCUUCCCUUCACGACCGGCCAGGAAAUGGUGACUCUCUGCUACAAGAGGAUGAUGAAAAAGGCAGAGUCUUGCGUUUCUCUACAGCAGAUAACCAGAGGAUAAGCACGGCUUCCAGCUCCUCCACCAGCUCCUGUGACUCCUUGGCUCUCAGCUCAUCUUCUCCAGAGCCACUGCGGGAGGUGACCCUCAGCCAGGAGGAGGCCAGUCGCACACUGUUGGAACUCCAAGAUACUGUGUGCAAGGCGGUGCCCCCUCUAAUGGAGUUUGUCAGCAGCAGCUGGAGGAGCAAAGAGCAUCUGGAGAAACACUUGGAAGAGAUAAAGGAGGCAGCAGAAGGAGUUGCAUGCUCUGUGACAAGCUUCUUGAACUUCACCCUGGAUGUUAAGGGCAAUGCUCGCCGUUUGACCGAUGCCAACCUGCAGACCAGGCUGCACAAACAACUGUCUAUUGUGGAAGACUCAGGCAUAAUCCUUCAACAAACUGUUGGUGCUCUGAAUAUGGCAGGCUGGCCCCUGAGUACUCUGUCCCAGGAUCCAGGGCAGGUUCAGACACCUGAUCAGCUAGAGCGCUUUGUUAUGGUAGCCCGCACCGUGCCAGAGGAUGUGAAGCGCCUUGUGUCCAUCCUCAAUGCUAAUGGCAAGCUUCUGUUCAGGCCUAAUCAGAGGGAAUCAGAGCUUACCAAUACCAAAGGGCAGACAGACAUGAAGAAAAAUCCAGAUCCAGAUGAAAGUGAACAAGGAAGUGAGUUAAUGGAGGAUGACAAUGACUAUGUGCAGCUACAGACUAAAACUGAUUUUGAAAAGCAACAAAAGAUUGUACAGAAGGAACCAAAAGAUGUUAUUUCAUCUUCUAAGACACCUAAGGUAGAACAAAAACGGCAUUCCUCUGAACCACAAGUUGGCACAGAUGGGGUCCGCAAGCCCUCUCGGGCAGAGCACUGCCGGCUGUACUUUGGUGCUCUUCAGAAGGCCAUUGGUGGUUUUGUGAGCAGCCUGCAAGAUGGCCAGCCACCAGAGAAGUUCAUUUCACACAGUAAGCUGGUGAUCAUGGUGGGCCAGAGAUUGGUGGACACCCUCUUCAGGGAGGCUCACGACAGAGGGUCUAGCCAGAACCUACUGUGCAAAAGCAACCACCUGUGCGCUCUCCUGAAGCAGCUGGCAGUGGCCACCAAGAAGGCUGCGCUGCACUUCCCAGAUAAACAACCUCUGCUCGAGGCUCAAGACUUUGCAAAGGAACUGGCCCAAAGAGCACAGCACUUUCGAAUAUCACUUGACUUCUGA